GUCGAGAACUCGAGUGAGCUAAAGGAUGAUGAUGGCUUCGGAAAUGGCGGACAUGGCUUGCGCUUCAGAUGAAGAUCUCGUUCUUCUGGUGCUAUCCGAUCCUUCUACUUCCCAAGAAGAAGAAGAGGAACUCAUGCAGCUCGAGACAUCAAUCUCGGCCUCGGAUAUCCGCAACUGGAACCUUCCUCUGAUUUUGUCCUCCUCGAUCAUCAAAGUCGAGGCCAAUCGAAGCAGGCUCAUGAAGCAAUCCUCGUACUUUCGUGGCCUUCUCGGUGGAAGUUUCAGUGAAUCCAGUCUUCGUCAUGUAGUGGUGCAGUCGAACCUUGAAAUUAUUGUCAGGAUUCUGCAGUUCAUAUAUGGUUUAUCAAUCAACGUGACUCAUGAUAGCUUACUCCCCCUUCUUGAGGGUGCAUUAUUUUUUGGCGUGGAGGGCCUUCUCUUGGAGUGUGAGAGCUGGUUCCAUAAGUCUACUUCAUCAACAGGCAUUGAUGCACUGGAAAUGCCAUUAGAUGCAUUAGUUGAGAUUUGGAAUUUUGGCUCAGAUCAUGGAAUUGGUUUUAUUCAAGAAACAUGCAAAGAUUAUUUAGCACGGAAUUUUACGUGGACCAUGUUGAGUAGCUCUUUUGCUAAAAUCCCAUAUGAUUUACUGCAGUCUAUCAUAGAACAUUCUUAUCUAACUGUAGAGAGUGAGAUGCAAUUAUGUGACGCCCUUCUAAAUUGGCUUUCCAUUAAUUCAAGCUUCUCUGAUUGCUUGUCUGUGGACUGUGGGAACCAUUACUUUCACAUUCUUAAGAAGGUUCGAAUCUGCCUUCUUCCGUUAUGGUUUGCUGCUGCUAAAAAAAGAUGCUUCUUCGAAUAUGCUGACAAGUGUGUUACUGCAAUCCUUUAUUUGAUGGAAAAUUAUCACACAAGCCUACUAAGUGCUGUUCCCAAUGGUGUCCUUGAUAAUUACAGAGUUCGCCUAACGAAGUAUUCCAAGAAAGUAGCACUUUCAGGCUGCCCCCAAAUAACAGUGGCCUUUCUGAUCUUGGCAACAUUACCUCUUGAAAAUGAUGCUGUGUUGAUGAUGAGAAUAAUUAAUUCCCUUAUCGAGCUUGAUAAUGGGAGGGAAGAUUGUCAGCUCUUCAAGAAAUCACUUCAUAUAUUGUCUUUUGAAUCUGUACAUGAGCUAGACAUAUCCAAGUGCCCAAAAGUGCAAUUUGGUGCUGCUGUCAAAUGGUUACACUUGGCAUUCCCGUCAUUGAGAAUUUUGAAGGCAUCUCACAGUGUGGAUUUUGAAAUAGACCACUUAUUUUACUUAUCACGGAACUGCUGUCAUAUCCAUGAGGUUGACUUAACUGUUGAUGUUAGUCCUGUCAUAAUUAUGAAGGUAUCAAUCUUGUCCGCUUCAACUGAUGAAUAUGGGCGCUCAAAGAACACAGGAUAUAAAUUGUCGAAAGAAUAUUUUGCCACUACGGAAAACCCCAUCCUCUCAAGUGUUACAAAAUUGUCUUUGGAAGGACGGAAUAACAUUAACGAUCUGGACCUCUUGAGCAUAUCUUCACUCUUUGGUUCCCUGUGUUAUCUAAACAUUAAGGGAUGUGCCUUGGUGACUGAUAUUGGAAUAUCUAAGCUCUUAUGCAAGUGUCCCAACAUUAAAUCAUUGAUACUGUCAUACACAUCUUUUGGAAGAAAUUCAGUUCUGGCUCUUUGUUCUGAUAAUAUGACAUCGGCUGUCUCCUCUGGUGAUUGUGACCACAGAAAGUCAGGCACAAUGGCUUAUCAUCUCCACCAAUUGCAAAUAAAUGGCUGCAAGGAUGUUGAUCAAGGUUCUAUGAUAAAGCUUAUGAGCCAUGCUUACAUGCUGAAGGUUUUGUGUAUGAAUGAGACUUCCCUUGUGGAUGAUGCUCUAUUUGGCUUCCAGGGUUGUUCUUUAGAAGAACUAGAUGUUUCUGAGACCAAGGUUUCUAUGCAAGCUUUGGCUUUCAUUAUGAGAAGGAAUUCAAAUGUGAAGUGUUUAAAAGCAACCGGUUGCCAAAAUCUACACCAGCAUGGUAGUAGUUGGACACAUGGUGCCGCGAAAAGUCAUCAUGUGCUUUCUGCUGAGUUAGGCAGGAUCCCCGCUCUAGAAGAAGUGGCGUUAGGAUGGGGAUUUUCCACUACGUCCCUGGACAAGCUAGAAACUGCAAUCGGGAAACUAAGAGCCAUAUCGUUGGGCCUUGGUGCAUCACUGGACCAUGAUUCACUCUCUGUGCUACCUAGGAUUUGUCCAUUGUUGGAACGUGUGAUUCUUACUUUUCAGCAGGUGGUUUCGGAUGGCACUGUAAGAAGUUUACUGGGAUCUUUGAAGUAUUUGCAAGAGUUGCAGUUAGUCUGCUGUCUCGGUGAGUUGACAUCAUAUAGCUUUGAGAUAGGUAUGCCAAUGCUGAGGAUACUAAGGCUAGAGUGGGUAACUCCGUGGAUGACAAAUCGUGAUUUGGUUAUUCUGACACAAAACUGUUCCAACUUAGUUGAACUUUCGCUUUCUGGUUGUAAACUUCUUGAUUCAGAUUCACAAGAAAUUAUCUCAUCAGGAUGGCCAGGUUUGACAGUUAUCCAUUUGGAGGACUGCGGAAAAGUCACGGCGAAUGGUGUUUCUUCCUUUUUUAAUUGCAAGGCUGUUGAAGAUCUGUUAUUAAAGGCACAACGGUCAAGGCAUUGGGAGGAACUUUAUAGUCCAUGCUGCUUCACAGCUUCCACUGCUCCGUAAACUGGCUUUGGAUUUGUGUGACGCAUGCGAUGGCGGGUUUGAGAGCCCAAGUCAUGCUGAGAGGUUCUUCCUGAGCAAUGUGAGAAUUAGUUGCUGCAAGUCUCAGAGGUGUGGGUUUGUGUUUAUGGAGAAGAAGGCCUUCAAGCCAGUGCACAAGGAGACCAUAGUUUUGGAGUGGAAUCAGAAAGAGCUAAGAACUACACUAGUUAAAGAAAGAAUAUAAGAGUUGAACACAACAAACAGAGGCAAUGUCAUGUGGGCAGCACGCCAAUGAUCUUAUUCACGGUGAAACAAGCCAAUGAAGCUUUAUUAUUGAACAAACAAAAAAUAAAACAAUGGUGUCCGUGCAAAGAACAAAAACAAACAAGUUUGUUGAGAUGGAACAAGUUUGAAUGAGUACA